AUGACUAAACCAAAGAAAACCAACAAUAUUGUUAGUAUACCAAGAGAAAUUCUUAUAGAUAUAUUAUUAUUACUAAAUUCAAAAUCUUUAUCAAAUCUGUCAAAGACGUGUAAAUUUUUUUACGAAUUUUGUAAAUUGGAUUCUUUUUGGUUAAAGUUCUGCAAAGAAUUUGGUAUUGAUAAACUCGGGAAUUAUCCCAAUUUUCUUACUAUGUAUACAGGGAUAUUGUACAAGUAUGGAUGGUUAAUCGGGUAUUGGGCAGGAAAUAAACCUAUAAACGGUUCUUUAUUAAUUAUUGAAUUUGAUCCAUAUAAAUCAAGUAUAAUAGCAUGGAGAAUAACGGCAACAUCAUUUGAUAAACAUAAUGAAAGUGUAUUAUGGAAACAACAAGAUGACGAUGACGAGUAUGGAAAUGAGCAAACAGGAUUUAUAUCAGAAGAAGAGGAAAUUGAUAAUACGGAUACGGAUGAAGUUGAUACUACGAUUUUUGGUCAAGAAAGUACUAUUGAAAAUCAAAAUUGUUUUUUAUUUGAAGAUGAAAAAUAUUUUAAAUUUUGGACACUCAAUGAUCGUCAAAAAGAGAAGAAAAAAUUUGAUGGCAUUUGGGUUGGUGAUUAUGGAUCACAUGGGAUAGAAUUUAUAUUAUUUAGAGAAGAUGAUAUUAGUGGUUAUCUUAUUGCUACAAAAAUUACUGGUGAUAUUAAUGUUCCUCGUGGUGAAAUUAGUUGGAGAUGUAACUUAAAAGAUCAAGUUAGAAUUUGUGAUGAAAAAGAAUGGAAUGGUAAAGUCUCUUAUCGUGCUAAAACUAAAGUGGCUUUUGAAGGUUUUAGAAAUCCUGAUGAAAUCGAUUCUGAAGUUAUCGUUAUUACUUAUGAUAAAUUAGUGGUUUAUUGGUAUGAUUUAUCCGAAAUGGCUACUUUUGUUAGAGUUUCGUGA